UUCAUCCAACAUGUCAUCUCUCAUCUUCAACAUGGGUAACUGCUGUCGAAGUUUCUGGUGUCAAAAGAAAAACCCAGAUGUCCGAAUCAGCCUGCCUGUGGUCUGCUUUGUGUGGCAAAUUGCCAUGAUCAUCUUGUUUGGAUUCUUUGUGCGUUACAAUGAAGAGUCAGACGCGCACUGGUCUGAGCACAAACAUAAGAAGAACAUCACAAGCGAUAUUGAGAACGACUUCUACUUCAGAUACCCAAGUUUUCAGGAUGUGCAUGUGAUGAUCUUUGUCGGUUUCGGCUUUCUCAUGACCUUCCUGAAACGCUACAGCUUCGGUGGAGUCGGAUUCAACUUUCUCAUUGCCGCGUUUGGCAUUCAGUGGGCUUUGCUCAUGCAGGGCUGGUUCCAUGCUCUGGACCCUGUCGAUGGCACAAUCAAGAUUGGAGUUGAGAAUAUCAUAAAUGCCGACUUCUGUGUAGCUGGAUGUCUUAUUGCAUAUGGAGCUCUCCUCGGAAAAGUUAGUCCAGUGCAAUUGAUGGUCUUAACUCUAUUUGGCGUAACAUUAUUUGCAGUUGAGGAAUACAUCAUUCUUGAACUUCUCCAUGUUAGAGAUGCUGGUGGCUCAAUGGUCAUCCACACUUUUGGGGGAUACUACGGCCUAGCAAUAUCAUGGAUUCUUUAUCGACCAAAUCUAAACCAAAGCAAGCUUCUGAGCGGCUCUGUCUACCACUCUGAUGUCUUUGCUAUGAUCGGGACACUCUUCCUUUGGAUGUUCUGGCCAAGUUUCAACUCUGCCAUCGCAGAUCAUGGAGAUGGCCAACAUAGGGCAGCCAUAAACACCUACCUGGCCUUGGCUGCCUCUGUUCUAACUACAUUUGCCAUAUCUAGCCUUUCAGCCAAGAAGGGUAAAUUGGACAUGGUGCAUAUCCAGAAUGCCACCCUGGCUGGGGGAGUUGCCAUGGGGACAGCGGCCGAGUUUAUGAUCACACCCUACGGUUCACUCAUUGUGGGCUUCUGCUGCAGUAUACUGUCAACUUUUGGCUACCUGGUGAUCACUCCCUUCAUGGAGAAGUACAUGAAGAUUCAAGACACCUGUGGCAUCCACAACCUCCAUGCUAUGCCUGGUGUUCUUGGAGGAAUUAUUGGUGCCAUCACAGCGGCUACUGCUAGUACGGGUGUCUAUGGACAUGAGGGGUUGGUAAAUACCUUUGAUUUUGAAGGGGAUUUUGCAGAGAGGUCACCAAGCACCCAAGGAGGUUUCCAGGCUGCCGGACUUUGUGUAGCUCUCACCUUUGGCCUCGUAGGUGGAGCUAUAGUAGGUUUUAUUCUGAAAUUGCAAAUCUGGGGAGACCCGUCAGAUGAUAAUUGCUUCGAUGAUGAGGUGUACUGGGAGGUGCCUGAGGAUGAGGAGAGCCCUAUUCUUCAGUACAACAGCCAUAUGAUCGAGAAAAAUCCAGACCGGAUGUCGGAAUUUACUGUGGAACAAAGCUGAAGCAAGAAUUAAGGACUGCAUGAUGCCAUUAUGACGCAAGAUAAACCCGAUUACGUCCUAAUUAAAAAAAUAUAGAUAUUUUUGAAGAACGAUGUUUUAAUCUAGUCUGUGCUCAAGACAAAAGAGUCGCUCUAAUACCUUUGUGAGGUAAAGCUAAUAUACCCUUGAAGCCCAGUAGGUAGCGUUUAAGGGGCAGGUCUUGGUUCAAUUACAUUUACAUGCAUGUUAAAGUCCUCAAGUUAACUUAAAGACAAAAGUUACAGUAUGUACACGUGUUAUGUAUAAAGAAUAAAUUAUAGGACUAUUCUGUUAUACUGUACGCCUAUGUGCUGCUCUGUUAAUGAACUGUAAUUUCUCUAGAAAGAUAUUACAAUUUUGAUAUCAUGAAUGUGUUAAUAGUUAUUUAUAUAUUGUUAUUUUCAAGUGUAAAUAUAGUAAAGUGAUAUAUUUUCAACUAUUAGCUAUAUUUGAUUAUGUAAAUCAUUAUGAACAGUGUGUAAAUGUUUU